AUAAGGGUGAGUCCACAUCCCUCCUUCAGCAGAACACUCUUGUCCUUACGCCGCGUUUUGGUGCAUUUUUGUCCAAUAUUACAAGGAGAAAUAAAUAAAUAAAGCAUUUGUACGCACCAGUUGGUGUAUUCGAAUAUCAUCUUUUUACUGUGUUGUUUGAGAGCCUCUAUGGUUAUCCGCAGUUCUUUUUUCUAAGGAUCAGUCAGCUUUUGGAAUCCGUUCUUUUUUUUUUGGAAUCUUGACUUUUUUUUGGAUCCAGAAGGGAUUUUAAAGGGGACAUCUUCAUAAAAGUAUGAAGCAAACCGAAAUGAGCCGUUUGUCCCGUGAAGAGGACAACAGCAGCACCAACAGCAAUGAGUACAAUUACUCUGAGUGUCCCAGCAAAGUCCCGCUGAAUAGUCAAUUUGCAGACAUCGAGGCGGAGAGUGAAAACUUCCUCCCAGAGCAAAACCUCGGCAAGAAGAAGUAUGAGACAGAAUAUCACCAGGGCAACACCUCCUUUGGCAUGUCGGUCUUCAACCUGGGCAACGCCAUCAUGGGAAGUGGCAUCUUGGGCCUGUCCUACGCCAUGGCCAACACUGGCAUCGCCCUAUUUGUGAUCCUCCUUGUGGCCGUCGCCAUCUUCUCUUUAUAUUCUGUGCAUUUGCUACUAAAGACGGCCAGCGAAGGAGGCGCGCUGGUGUACGAGCAGCUGGGCUACAAAGCCUUCGGGCUGCCUGGAAAACUGGCGGCGUCCUGCUCCAUCACCAUGCAGAACAUCGGAGCCAUGUCAAGCUACCUCUACAUCGUCAAAUACGAGCUGCCCAUUGUCAUCAAGGCUUUUGCGGGAAAUAAUGAGGAAUGGUACACCAAUGGUGAUUACCUGGUCCUGCUUGUCUCAUUUGUCAUUAUUCUACCGCUCUCGCUCUUCAGGAAUUUGGGUUACCUUGGUUACACAAGCGGUUUCUCCCUCCUCUGCAUGGUGUUCUUCCUGAUCGUGGUGAUAAUCAAGAAGUUCCAGAUCCCGUGUCCUCUUCCUGAAGACGUCCACGCUGGGAAUGAGACGUUCAGUAAACUCCUCAACGCCACUGUGUCCCCCAACAACGCCUCCGCCGUGGACUACAGCGACGCCUGCACGCCAAAAUACUUUGUCGUCAACUCUCAGACCGUUUACGCCGUUCCCAUCCUGACCUUCGCCUUUGUGUGCCACCCUGCCAUCCUCCCCAUGUACGAGGAACUCAAAGACCGUUCUCGCAGGAAGAUGCAAAGGGUCGCUAACGUGUCCUUCCUGGCCAUGUUUAUCAUGUACCUCCUGGCUGCUCUCUUCGGCUAUCUGACCUUCAACGUGCACGUGGAGCCCGAGCUGCUGCACACCUACUCCAUGGUCUACAAGUUCGACGUCCUCCUCCUGGUCGUCCGCCUGGCUGUCCUCAUGGCCGUCACCCUCACCGUCCCCGUGGUUCUCUUCCCUAUCCGUACCUCCAUCAACCAGCUCCUGUGCACCUCCUCCGCCUUCAGCUGGAUCCGCCACACCAUCAUCACGGUGGUCCUGCUGGCCAGCACCAACGCCCUGGUCAUCUUCGUCCCGACCAUUCGGGACAUCUUUGGUUUCAUCGGCGCAUCUGCUGCCGCCAUGCUGAUCUUCAUCUUGCCCUCGGCCUUCUACAUCAAACUGGUCAAGAAGGAGUCCAUGAAGUCCGUGCAGAAGAUUGGGGCAACCGCCUUCCUGCUGUUGGGCUUCCUGGUCAUGGUCGGCAGCAUGAGCCUCAUCAUCCUUGACCUGACGCACAACGCGUCAAAGGAACAAACCGACGGACCGUAGAGCCCACACUCUAAUGAAGACCAUAUUGUAAAAAGAAGAACUUGAUGUCUGGCUUGGACUGUGAUGAAAGACGCCAUUCCGAGAGAAUGUAUACUUGUAUAGUUUGCGGUUUAUCACACCAAAAGUAUGGUGGUUUUUCAUCCUCCUUGGUUUUUUAAAUACAUAUACAGAUAUAUCUAUAUAUAAAUAUACAUAUGUAUAUAUAUAUAUAUAUGUGUAUGUAUAUAUACAUGUACAUGUGUGUAUAAAUAUAUGUACAUGUAUGUAUAAAUAUAUGUAUGUGUUUAUAUGUAUGUGUAUAUCUAUGUAUAUAAAUAUAUGUGCAUAUAUAUGUAUGUUUAUAUAUACAUAUGUGUAUAUGUAUGUAUAUAUAUAUAUGUGCGUAUGUAUGUAUAUAUAUAUAUAUAUAUAUGUAUGUGCGUAUGUAUGUGUAUAUAUUUACAUGUAUAUGUGAAUAUAUAUGUAUGUAUGUGUGUAUAUAUAUGUGUGUGUAUGUAUUUAUAUAUAUAUAUAUAUAUUUCUAUAAAUACAUGUGUUAAUGUAUGUAUAUAUAUAUAUAUAUGUGUGUGUGUGUGCGUAUGUAUGUGUAUAUAUUUAUAUGUAUAUGUGAAUAUAUAUGUAUGUAUAUAUAUAUGUACGUGUAUUUAUAUAUGUGCAUAUAUAUGUAUGUGUGUAUGUAUGUAUGUUUAUAUACUUAUAUGUAUGUAUAUAUAUAUAUAUGUGAUUGUAUUUAUAUAUGUGCAUAUAUAUGUAUGUGUAUAUUUAUAUAUGUAUGUAUAUGUGUAUAUAUAUGUAUGUGUAUAUUUAUAUAUACACAUAUGUACAUGUGUAUAAAUAUUUAUAUAUAUACACAAAUGUGUGUAAAUAUUCAUAUAUACACGUGUGUAUAAAUAUUCAUAUAUACACGUUUAUAUAUAUAUUUAUAUAUAAAUGUGUGCAUAUGUAUUAUUUAUAUAAUAUUUAUAUACAUAUAUGUUACAUAAGGUUUUUGUCUUUGUAGUGCUGGUACAGCUGAAAACAAAUUGAAUGUGCCUCCCAGCUGGAGGUAUUGUGAGGGUUGAAACAGCAGCUCACACUCAGGUACGUAGUGUCGGUGCAAGUGUGGCUGUCACCUCACAGGUCGCUGACAAAACAAUGCAAACCCGCCUCAACAUUUGCAACAACAACAACAACAGAAAAAGAUAACUGACUUGAACGCUUUUUUUGUUAUGUUUCACUUUGCCAAACUGGUAUUGGUGUACGGAAACAAGCACUUCCUGUCCAGCACACUGGUGGAGAAGACGAGCCUCGUAUUUUUGCCAGCUAAAGACGACCCAAGUGCCGCCCUUGUGAGAGGCGACGCUGGCAAGUGUGCUCGCAAACUGUGUCGCGGCCCCCGCUGAUGUUGCAUGCACGGCGACGACACCUUACUUCUUCUUUGACUUGACAAGUGCCCACAUCGCUGUAGUCGACAACCCGACCAAACAAACCCUGGUGUGCACGUUCCACCGCGCUUCCGACAAUAACUUUACACCAAACUAUUUAUGGAAGACCUAUUUUACUAUAUUUAUAUAAUAUUGUAUGUAUAUAUACAUGUAUAUAUAUCUAUUGAAUUCAACUGUAUAUAUGUUUUUUUAUAACGCUGCAAACAAUAUCUGCUUACCCAUCAGAACUGACUGAAAUAUCCUGCUGUGUGUGCAAAUUCUGUUACAUGUCAAGGUCACUGAUAACGUAAACGCCGCCUUGUCCCCUCUUUGACACGUGCGGUUGGAGAGCCACCGCGUGGACCUCGGGGGCAACGAGGGCUUUGCCCGCCAGUGUUACAUUCUUGUUUCAAUGAAACACCCAUGUAUAUCCUGUAAUUAAUGUCCAAUUAAAUUCAAAAUCCUCUAUAA